AUGAAUUCGGGCGAUGAGUCUUCAAAUACUUCAACAUUUCCGCUGUCGGAGGAAGAAAUUGCUGACGAUAACGAUGUUACCAAUGAAUUUCCCAAAGCGGAAAAAUAUAAAGAGGGAGAUCGUGAAUUUAUGCCACUGAACGAUGACUGGCACACCUGCGAAACGGCUCGAUUGGAUACGACGCAGUAA